UCAGAUUUCCUAUAAGUUAUUAGCUAAUUUUUUCAGAAUGUCUAAGUUAUCUUUAAUUAUUAUUUUCUCGCUUUUUGCCUUGGUUAGUUCUAUUGUACGUCAUCAUUCUCAUCAUCAUCACCAUCACCAUGUCGAUCGAAUAUCGCUUUCCCGAAUGGAUACAAUGCGGGCAAUGCUAGCACAAGUUGGUUCACUCGAACUUUUUGCCAAGCAUCGCCAUGAUGCAUUGAGGCGUAGAUUUGCCCUUUUUGCUGAAAAGGAGGGAGGACAAGUUGAAUUUGAUGAAGAAAAUGCUGUGCAAAUUGGUGGGGAGAUUGAUGAGAUGCUUAGAAAUUACAUGGAUGCCCAAUACUAUGGACCAAUUUCGAUUGGAUCUCCUCCACAAAACUUCAGCGUUAUAUUUGAUACAGGCUCUUCGAACCUCUGGGUUCCGUCUAAAAAGUGUCCAUUCUACGAUAUUGCAUGCCUACUUCAUCACAAAUAUGACAGCACCAAAUCUAGCAGUUAUAAGGAUGAUGGGCGCAAAAUGCAAAUCCAAUAUGGAACUGGUUCAAUGAAGGGUUUUGUCUCAAAAGACACAGUCUGUAUUGCCAACAUUUGUGUGGCUGGACAAGAGUUUGCUGAGGCUGUCAGCGAGCCAGGUCUAACUUUUGUAGCUGCUAAAUUUGAUGGUAUUCUGGGUAUGGCAUUCCCGGAAAUUUCUGUUCUUGGAGUUCAACCAGUUUUCCAGCAAAUGAUUUCCCAACAAAAAGUUCCAGAACCGGUCUUUUCUUUCUGGCUUAAUAGAAAGGCUUAUUGGCAAUUUAAGAUGGAAGGUGUUCACAAUUCUAAAGGCGAAAAAAUUGCCUGUCAAAAUGGAUGUCAAGCAAUUGCUGACACUGGCACAUCUUUAAUUGCUGGCCCGAAGGCACAAAUAGAGGAAAUUCAGCAUUAUAUUGGUGCAAUUCCUCUAAUGCAUGGCGAAUAUAUGGUCUCCUGUGAAAGAGUACCUCAUCUUCCCGAUAUAGCUCUACUAAUUGGAGGCAAUUCAUACGUUUUGAAAGGAUCGGAUUACAUUUUAAAUGUCACAGCAAUGGGAAAAAGCAUUUGCUUAUCUGGCUUUAUGGGAAUUGAUCUGCCAGCAAAAGUUGGGGAAUUAUGGAUCCUUGGUGAUGUAUUUAUAGGCCGUUACUACACUGUUUUCGAUGUUGGCCAACAACGUAUUGGCACUCCAAUUGGCCCACCAGUUAAAAACUGCAUUAGUGGUGGACGUCUUUGUUUUGAACCUGAUGCAACUACGGAUAUUAGUGAACAAUCAUCAACUGAUGAUUUUAUUGAAAUUGCUUGA